AUGACGUUCAAGCUGAAUUUGUUCUUCGCCUUUUUGAUUUUUUGUACAUAUUAUUUCGCAGAGGUUUAUUCCCUCGUGGAAUUUACAAAUGCACAGUGCGAGUCUCUGGACAAGGAUUUUGCCUUGUUUGAAUAUUGUUUUUUAAAAUCUGUAAACCGAACGUUCAAAUAUGUUUCCGUUAAAGUUAAGCUCCUAAAGCUACCCAUAACCAAAAUUAAGAUGCAUUUUGUUCUAUAUAAACGGUUGAAUGGCUAUUUGCCUUUUCUCUACAAUAUGACUUUUGACGCAUGCAAAUUUCUAAAAUCGCCGAAUACCAAUCAGAUUGCUCUUUUUUUCUACAAAUUUUUUAGAGAUUAUUCCAACAUAAACCACACUUGUCCCUAUAACCAUGAUAUUGUGCUGGAUAAGAUGCCAUAUCAUAAUGUAAAUAAUCUGCUAACCAAAAUACUGCCCUUUCCAGAGGGAAAUUAUAUGCUUGAAAUGCACUGGAUAGCCUACGACAUUGAUCGAGCUGUAACUAAAUUCUAUUGGUCUCUUUCUUGA